UGUGGCACGGGGGAGCCGAGCACCCCCCCUGCAAGCCAGGAGCCGCUGCGGAGGGGCCUGACACUGCCCCGUCCCCACGGGGAGUGAUGGCACCGCGGCGAGAGGACGCGUGCCGCGGGCGGGGGGCAGCGGGGACGUGUGCGGUGGCCCAGGCCGCCCUCUGCAAGGCCACGGCCGGGCACCGGCAGCUGGUGCUGCAGUUGGGGGGCAGCGCCGACAGCCCCCGGCUGCGGGAGGAGCGGCGCAGGAGGAGCGCGGAGGCGCGUGAGCUCAGCACCGGGCUGCGGCAGGCGCUGCUGGCGGGGCUGCGGCAGGCACCGGCGAGCCCCGAGGAGCGGCGGGAGCUGGAGCGGCUGUGGGUGCUCUUCCUCUCCGCCCUGGAGCUCUUCCUGCAGGAUCUGUGCCAAGCCCACCACCUCUGCCAGCUCUUCUCCGUGCAGGGGGGCGGCACGGCCCCGCUGCGCACCGGGCUGGGGGGCCGGGGGCCGCCCAGCCGCAGGGGGAGCCGGCGAGGGGGGGGUCCCGCGCAGCCCCCAGCCGCUCCGUGCCUGGAGGAGGAGAUCGAGCAGGUGAGGGCCACGCUGGCGGAGAUGGAGAGCAGAGCCAACAUCCCGCUCUGGACGGUGGAGGCCACGCAGCUGGCGGGGAGGGGCAGCACUGCAGCCCCCCUGGCUGGGGCAGCCCAGGGGGGGUCUCGCCCUGGGUGCUGCUGCAGGGUGCUCUGACUGGGGGGGGGAGCAGGAGAUGAGGCGGCAGGGCUAGCACCCCCCCUGCCUGCUCAGGUGUCACGGAACAGGGGACAGAGUCCCAAGCACUGCACCCCACCCGGCCCCCCGCUCAGGCAGGUGACGGUGGGGGCUGCCCCCACCCUGCGGGGAGAACAGGACAAGCUCCAGGCACCCCAGUUGUCAGUAAAGCCCCUGUUAGCCCACGGGGGUUGGUGUCCCUCCCUUCCCGCCCUCGCUCACCGAGGGGCUGGGCUGACUGAGAGAAGAUGCCUCUGGGCGCUCACAGUCUGCAACAAAACCCCCAAAAGGAAAGUUAUAAACAUGCAUUUAUUUAUACAUUAA